CGCGUGCGGAUUUUUUCCCGCGCCAUUUCCAAUACCCGGUUAAAAAACGCCAGGUUAUUUUUAUUAUUACUUUACUUUAUAACCGCCAUAUUUAAUUGCUUACAUAAAUUAAAAAGUGCAAAAGCAACGAAAACAAUAUUAUUACCAAAAGGGGACCGGCAUUUAUUAAUUGACCGUACGAAUUCCAAACCAGUAAUACCGGUACUUAUAAAAACCCCGGCGCCAAAAAAAAAAGGCAUUUGGAAACGGUUAAAGGCAAAAUUAGCACCGGUAAGCACCCCGGAUUUGUUAAGCCCGUUUUUGUUAAUACGCCGGAACGUAUAA